AUGGACCUGACGGACGGUGCUGUUAUACCAUGGACGGACGACGGUGCCAAGUAUACUAUGGACGAGUGGACGCAGGUGCUGUUAUAAUUAUGACUCCACCACGGUGCUAUACUAUGGACGGACGGACGGUGCUGUUAUACUAUGUUUUGCUGCUUUUGGGAGUAAAGAGAGAUGCAUAAUAUGAUCCUCAGUGUAUUGUCAAGGACUCUUAAGUGAUCUGCAUGGUUUAUCUAAUUGUAUGAGUUUCAGAGAAGCUUCUGUUCCCUUUAAGACACCUGCUUUGAAUAAUUUUGCAGACAGAAUCAGCCGGCAUACAGCGUGCACAAAUGCAGAAAGAGAUCUGGAGGAUUCAGGAUGUCAUGGAGGGUCUUAGUAAACACAAGCAGCAGAGGAGAGACAUUGAAGCAGGUAACGUGUGCCCCUUACUGGAACUGCUGGAUACUCCACUUUACUAGAUACCUGUAGAAAUUGCAUUUCCUGCAGCAUGUAUAAUACAAAUGCCACAGAAAGAAAUUAAAGAUGUUGGUGAUGAAAAUACUGCAGCUUAUAUGUAUACUGCACGCUGCGGGGAAGCACCUUACAUUCAGAAAAGGGCAUAAAAAUCAUCUGUACAUUAUGAUCGCAAAAUUGCUUAUGUUUUAAGAUAUUUUUGUGAGCGAGUAGGAGAACCCUUCCCCAAGCAUUUCUCCUUCACUGUCCCAUGCUCCCAAUAAGUGUCUCGUACUGUGCUGGAAAAAUUUAUGAAUAGACUGGCCGAUGUCACUUAAUUUUGACACCAAUGCUGUGGGAACGAAGCCAGCAUGUUGGCUUCAUCAGAAAGGAUUGUUGUGUUUUAAUAAGUGUCCACAAGCAGGGCAAUUGCUGUGCGGAGGAACGUGGACCGGAAGAUGAUUGAUGGACUAUUUUAGCACCCACAGACUCUCAAAGAAUAGAAGUUGUGGCACGCUGAGAAGGGGGUAAAUAAGUAUAUAACGUCUCCUAAAGCAAUAAGUAACACGAUAUCAAGUUAUGGUGCUUUAGGAACUGUUAGUCAGCAUUUAAUCUGCCAUGACAGGUUCGCUUUAAAACAGAAAAAAAAUUUACAUUUCACUACAAGAAGCCAUAUUUUUUACAUGCCUCAUGUUUCAAAUCCCCCUCUCAUUGUGCGGCAACUAAGUAUAUAUUUCCAUCCAGAAAGGUGCCCCAGCCCCCUGUGCUUCGUGAGUAUGUGUGUCAAGGCUGUUCAAUGGCCCCAUUUGGAUUGCUGGUACAGGUCGAUAAGUGUAUAUUACAAUUUGUAUGUCCGGUUGGACUGACAUACCUCUCUAUUUCCAUGAGCCAGAAACUGAAUGUGUUCCUCUCUGUUUAAUAUCUGACAGGUAACAGUGAUUCAGCAAUGUCUUCUUCAGGAAAGAGUCCUCAUGAGGUAAGAAACAUUUAGAAGGAUUCAUGUAUUGCACUAAAGGCCCUGCACAGAAGCUCUGCAUAAUCUUGUUUAAUGAGAUCCAUGCGUAGCGCAUGCCUAUUUGCUAAGGGGACGCGGAGAGCGCACAGUUUGUACGCUUUAUGUGAAUACGGUCCCUGUUCUACAACCUCCAGGAGAAGGAAAUAGCCCCGCCGCGUCCUCCACUGCCUCGCUCCUAUGACUUUUCAGAGCAGCCUCCCUCAGUUCCCCCCUUGCCCAGUGACGGCAGCUCCUUCUUGCUGUGUCAUAGCAGGGGCCCCGGGCACGUUCCUGAGGAGAAGACACCUCACCAUGUCCAAGUCUAUCACAGAAAUGGAUCCUAUAGUGUAAGGGGCUGAAGUGCCGCAAACUGCUUGUAACCCUGUCCAUCGCCAUCUCAUUGUCACCCUUGGCGUUAGUCUUAGUGCUUUAUUUGUAGUUUUUAUUAGUAUUUGUCUUUGGUUAUUUGUAUUGUUGCUUGUCAUUAUUAAUAGAGUGAAGAUGUACUAUUGAAUCAUCCAAUAAGUGUAUAAUGCAGAGCUUCUAGAGUGAGCGGACAUUAGCAAUUAGCCGUGUUUUCUGAUCUCCAUUGUUACAUAAGACACUCUCUCGCAUGAAUAAAUCCACAAACAUGCUCCCUCACAAUACUCACUCUUUGGGGUCUGUGGCUGGGGGCGGGGAAGGUGUAUGCUAUUCAUAGAUUUUGCAGCCUUUAAAUUAAAAUCUUACCAAUUAAACCAAAGGAACAUGCUUAACAUAGAAAUUCAUAAAAAUGUACAUUUUGCAAAGCUGUUUGGAUGGAUACUCUGGGCAGAACAGAGGCUGAGAUGGAAAGCACAUUGGGUGGGGUGGCCGAGGGUUAGAUUGAGAUGGGCUGGCCGAGGCUCGGAUAGGAAGCGGAUUGCGUGGGUUGACGGAGGAUCAUGGAUGGGAAGCGGAUUGGAUGGUUUGGACAGAUUGGCACAGCUUUAGACAGGAUGUGGAAUGGAUUAUUUGCCAUGGCUUUCUCUGUUCACAUUUCAUCACUUGUAUUUAUUGGGCUUUAAUGUGAGCUCCGUUGUCAUAACACCGUGAUUCACUCGUACUUUGUUUAUAAAUGUUCUUUCCUUUUUGAGGGGCCUGAUUACCGGUUGUAUAAAAGUGAGCCAGAACUUUCUACUGUGGCUGAAGUGGACGAGUCAAAUGGCGAUGAUCGCAUUGACAACUCUCUGGAUAUAGAAACUUCUGGAGCCAAAGGUUAGCUUCCAAAUCAUUUUUCUAUUUCUAAACAAUAUUAUCAUUUUAUAGGUGGUUUAUUUUACCUAGAAAAUUACAUAAGGUAGGGUGCUGGACUUUCUCUGUUUAAUAGCUAUAUUUAGAGAGUGGGUCUGGUGCCGUGUCUGUUUUAUAGAAAUGUCUAGGGGCAAGAAGGGGCGCCCACCUCUGAUUUAUAUCAAUGUUUAAGGAAGGUAGAGGGCUAUCUCUGAUUUAUAGCAAUGUUUAGAGAGUGGGUCUGGUGAUUUAUAGCAAUGUUUAGAGAGAGGGUAGAGCUGGUGAUUUAUAGCAAUGUAUAGAGAGGGGGUGGGGCUGCUGAUUUAUAGCAAUGUUUAGAGAGAGGGUUGGGCUGGUGAUUUAUAGCAAUGUUUAGAGAGGGGGCGGGGCUGGUGAUAGCAAUGUUUAGAGAGGGGGCGGGGCUGCUGAUUUAUAGCAAUGUUUAGAGAGGGGGGCGGGCUGAUUUAUAGCAAUGUUUAGAGAGGGGGGGGCCCUGAUUUAUAGCAAUGUUUAGAGAGGGGGCGGGGCUGGAGAUUUAUAGCAAUGUUUAGAGAGAGGGGGUCCCGGCUCCUGAUUUAUAGCAAUAUUUAGAGAGGGGGGCGGGGCUGCUGAUUUAUAGCAAUGUUUAGAGGGGGAUGAUUUAUAGCAAUGUUUAGAGAGGGGGCCGGGGAUGCUGAUUUAUAGCAAUGUUUAGAGAGGGGGCCGGGGAUGCUGAUUUAUAGCAAUGUUUAGAGGGGGCUGAUUUAUAGCAAUGUUUAGAGAGGGGGAUGAUUUAUAGCAAUGUUUAGAGAGGAUGGCGGGGCUGCUGAUUUAUAGCAAUGUGUAGAGAGGGGACCGGGGCUGCUGAUUUAUAGCAGUGUUAGAGAGGGGGCUGUUCUGGUGAUUUAUAGCAAUGUUUAGAGAGAGGGUGGGGCUGCUGAUCUGCUGAUCUAUAGCAAUGUUUAGAGGGGGGGCUCCAGGCUGCUGAAUUAUAGCAAUGUUUAGACAGGGGACCGAGCCUGCUGAUUUUAUAGCAGUGUUUAUUGAGGGGACGGGGCUGCUGAUUUAUAGCAAUGUUUAGAGAGGGGGGCCGGGCUCCUGAUAUAUAGCAAUGUUUAGAGAGGGUGGCGGGGCUGGUGAUUUAUAGCAAUGUUUAGAGGGGGGUCCAGGCUGCUGAGUUAUAGCAAUGUUUAUAGAAAGGGCAGGGCUGCUAAUUUAUAGCAAUGUUUAUAGAGGGGGCCGGGGAUGCUGAUUUAUAGCAAUGUUUAUAGAGGGGGCCGGGGAUGCUGAUUUAUAGCAAUGUUUAGAGAGAGGGUUGGGCUGGUGAUUUAUAGCAAUGUUUAGAGAGGGGGCGGGGCUGGUGAUUUAUAGCAAUGUUUAGAGAGGGGGCGGGGCUGGUGAUUUAUAGCAAUGUUUAGAGAAGGGGCUGGUGAUUUAUAGCAAUGUUUAGAGAGGGGGGCGGGGCUGCUGAUUUAUAGCAAUGUUUAGAGAGGGGGGCCGGGCUCCUGAUUAUAGCAAUGUUUAGAGAGGGGGCGGGGCUGGUGAUUUAUAGCAAUGUUUAGAGAGAGGGGGCGGGGCUGCUCAUUUAUAGCAAUGUUUAGAGGGGGCUGAUUUAUAGCAAUAUUUAGAGAGGGAUGUAAAUGUUUAGAGAGGGGAUGAAUGGUUUAGAGGCUGAUUUAGAGAGGAUUUAUAGCAAUGUUUAGAGAGGGGGAUGAUUUAUAGCAAUGUUUAGAGAGGAUGGCGGGGCUGCUGAUUUAUAGCAAUGUUUAGAGAGGAUGGCCGGGGAUGCUGAUUUAUAGCAAUGUUUUUAGAGAGGGGGCCGGGGAUGCUGAUUUAUAGCAAUGUUUAGAGAGGGGGCCGGGGAUGCUGAUUUAUAGCAAUGUUUAGAGAGGGGGCCGGGGAUGCUGAUUUAUAGCAAUGUUUAGAGAGGGGGGCUGGGCUCCUGAUUUAUAGCAAUGUGUAGAGAGGGGACCGGGGCUCCUGAUUUAUAGCAAUGUUUAGAGAGGGGGCGGGGCUGCUGAUAUAUAGCAAUGUUUAGAGAGGGUGGCGGGGCUGCUGAUAUAUAGCAAUGUUUAGAGAGGGGGCCGGGGCUGCUGAUUUAUAGCAAUGUUUAGAGAGGGGGGCCGGGCUCCUGAUUUAUAGCAAUGUGUAGAGAGGGGACCGGGGCUGCUGAUUUAUAGCAUGUUUAGAGAGGGGGCGGGGCUGCUGAUAUAUAGCAAUGUUUAGAGAGGGUGGCGGGGCUUGAGAUUUAUAGCAAUGUUUAGAGAGGGGUCCAGGCUGCUGAGUUAUAGCAAUGUUUAUAGAAAGGGCAGAGCUGCUAAUUUAUUGCAAUGUUUAUAGAGGGGGCCGGGGAUGCUGAUUUAUAGCAAUGUUUAGAGAGGGGGAUGGGGCUGCUGACUUAUAGCAGUGUUAGAGAGGGGGCUGUUCUGGUGAUUUAUAGCAAUGUUUAGAGAGAGGGUGGGGCUGCUGAUCUGCUGAUAUAUAGCAAUGUUUAGAGGGGGGGCUCCAGGCUGCUGAUUUAUAGCAAUGUUUAGACAGGAGACCGAGCCUGCUGAUUUUAUAGCAGUGUUUAUAGAGGGGACAGGGCUGCUGAUUUAUAGUAAUGUUUAGAGAGGGUGGCGGGGCUGGUGAUUUAUAGCAAUGUUUAGAGGGGGGUCCAGGCUGCUGAGUUAUAGCAAUGUUUAUAGAAAGGGCAUGGCUGUUAAUUUAUAGCAAUGUUUAGAGAGGGGGCCGGGGAUGCGGAUUGAUAGCAAUGUUUAGAGAGGGAGCCGGGGAUGCUGAUUUAUAGCAAUGUUUAGAGAGGGAGCCGGGGAUGCUGAUUUAUAGCAAUGUUUAGAGUGUGGGCCGGGGCUGCUGAUUUAUAGGAAUGUUUAGAGAUUGGGAGCGGGGCUGCUAAUUUUUAGCAAUGUUUAUGAAUGAUUGAGGGGCAAUAUUUGGAGGGCUUGGCCAUUUUAUUUAAUAGUGACCAAUAUUUUUAGGUUCCCACUUUCCGGUGGGCAUUGUACCUCCACGGACGAAGUCCCCCCCUCUUGAAUCCACAACGAUUGCAUCCUAUGUUACUUUGCGCAAGAACAAGAAGCUGGAGUCCAAACCGGUAUGUGUUUUACUGUUCAUUAUUUUGUAAAGGGAAAUUAAUGUUUACUAAAGUAACAAUGCAGGGCCCAAGCAAGGAUUUUUCUCUUCAUAGGUAAAGAUGCAUUUUGCCGCCUCCCCUGACCCACUCCCCCAACAAGAAGAAGCUGCUUUGUCACCUGUGAUUGUUUUAACACCUCUUGUGUUUCUUAUCCCCCCUUUCUUUCUCCCUUUAUUGUAUCUUAUCCCCCAUUUUCUCUGUGUUCCUUAUAUCCCACCUCCUUUAUGUCUUCUCCCCCCCACCUGCUUUCUCUACCCGCUAUGUAUAUAUCAGGAGUCCUAGUCUGCACACUGUAUGCAUUAUAUCACUGUGUGUGUAUUUGUAGUCAGGGCAUUAAGCAGAGUUAUGGUAGUGGUGUAAGACAGUUGUGGUGUUUGGCAGAACUUAACACCUAUUUGUGUGUUUUCCCCUUUGUUUAAUUUGUUUUACCCUUUUACCAUUCGGUAGCACUUCAUACGAACAAUCCUUUCAUCUUCUGAACAAGGACCACCCCUAUACCCCAUUAGAACGUUCACAUCCGCAAAUUAAGUGCAAAACCACAAGGGAAGUAAUUAAUGAAUGCUUCCCCUUGGUGGCCACCAUUUCGUAGAACUGAACACAUGUGGCAGACAAAAGAAUGGCGACCAUCUUGUCUCCCAAACGUGAGCAGCAGUACUUGGUCAUCGUGUGCCUGGAACUCUUUUCGCCUAAGCACUCACACGAACGCCGGUUAAACUUAUACCGCUGCCCGUUCUAUUUCCCGACCACCUAUAUUAACGACGUUCGGGUUAUAUGAACAGGGGGCAGCAUUCAGAUCCUGAAAUGAAGAGAUUCCCUUGCUUGGUGUUCGCACAGGAACCCCACAAACAGAGACCGUCCAAAGCACCCAUUUUCCUGGCACUAUUUUGGGAUAGCAUCUCGUGUCUGGCAGGUCAAAACUUUGAUGUUAUUCCAGUUUCACCAAACCGGGAAUGGGCUUUCAGGGAAUGUACUUUUUGUGAGGUUCCUGUACGUGGUUAGGGCAUUUUGGGGUACUGUAUAUUUUGUAUGGAUUUUCUGUACCUGAGAGAUAAUUGGAUUAGUGGUUUUUCUCAUGCAAUUAUCUAUCAGGCACAGAGGAUUUUAGGAUUGAAACCCUUGUUUUAUUGUAUUCUAAACCUAAUGUAGGGGUCUAGGCAUAAAAGCCAUAUGUGUUGUGAAUAAACUCAGUUGAUUCCCAGAAUUAUGUUUCAUCUGGAUACUGGGGGAAUGGAUUGUGUGAACUGCUUGUGUGAAUGGUUCCAGAGUAGCUGAAGGAAGGAAUUAGCGGAGGUAACCAGAGGGGGUUACCCGUGGUCCACUACAUGGUGUGCCUGAAUAGACAUUCAGAUAGGCCUGUAAAAAGAGGGCCCACCAAAUGAAUUACUUUAUAAAGGGAGUGGCAGGUGGGCUAAACCAGGCAUUAUCGGCUUAGGAGUGACCUGUCUUUAUAGGCCGCGUAACCCUCCUACAAGUACAGGCUCCGCCUUUUCAUUUAUAAUCUGGGCCAAUAAUCAGUCAUGGUAAAGGAGGUGUAAGUCGGUUGUGGUGUGCCGAAACAGACGUUCUGGUAGGCCUCUAGAAAGAGGGGUACAAAGUUUAACUUUUUGAUAUGUGUUAACAUUACACAACAGAUACUUUAAAUGCCUGCCUCAAUUAUCUUUCUUGUUGAGAGUAAGUGUGUGCAUAUGAUUCCCCCUGUCCAAGCGCUACAAUUUAAGGAAUGAUUACACAAACAAUCCCUGGCAGAGAUUGAAAAUUUUUUGGGGGACAUACAAAUGCCCCAGACAUAACACUAGCCAAAUGCCAGUCCUUAGACGAACGGUUUACGGAAGAAGAGAUUAGGAUAGCUAUCCGAACUAUGCCCAAGCACUAAGCACCCAGACCUGACGGGUUCUCUAUGUACUACUAUAGGUCCUCUUUAACCACAUUGACUCCACAGGCACUACACCACCAGAAAUGUUUGAAGCUCCAUAAACCAGACAAGGCACCAACAGAAUGCAAUAACUGAAGAUCCAUAUCUCUCCUCAAUUAAAUUAUAAAACUAAACUAAAUUAUAUGCUAAGCUGUUGGCCGUGUGCAUUAAACCUCUACUACUAGACCUGGUUCCAGAGGAAAAAGCGGGUUUCGCACCCAGCAGACAAGUAGGCGACCAUACCAGGCAUUUCAUGAACAUGGUUCAGUCCACUCAGCAAAAAGGGGUGCUUCUUGUGUUAAAAAAAGCAUUCGACAGAUUAAAUUGGACAUACCCGAGCAACACUCUACUCAAAUUGGGAUGUUCCCCUACAUUUAUAAACAGCAUUUUGGUUUUACCCUACAAGCCCUCGGCUAAGAUUUUAAAUACAGGUUUCUUAUCAAAAUAUCUUGAAAUUACGAACGGCACACGGCAAGGCUGCCCACUCUCAUCCACUAUUUUCAUUCUUAGUUUGGAACCAUUAUAAAUGCAUAUUAAACAUAACACAGAUAUCCGCUGUCUAAAGGCCCUGUGCAGAGAGCAAAUAAAAGCGCUCUUCGUGGACAGUGUAUUAUUGUUUUUGACUAAUCCUGAAAAAUCAAUCCCAGCACAAACACUCAUAUUAAACAAUUUCAUACUAUAAAUACAAUAUAAAUAAAACGCAAGUGCUUUCCAUAGAAAUUUCUGAUAAGAAUAUACAGAAGACUUGCCUAUCCUUAUGACUUGUGUCCGGUAUCACUUGCCUAUUUGGUCAUAAAUCUAACUAAAUCACACUCCCUCUUGCUUAAGGAAAAUCAUGUAGCUCUUCUGCAUAAACUAGAAGGUCAGAUGAACAAAUGGGGGGGACCUGGGGUUUUCAUGGUUGGGUCGUGUACACUCCAUUAAAAUAUGAUUUUGCCCCAUAUCCAGUAUCUUUUCUGCACUAUACCUAUACAAUGAUAAAACAUUUUCAACACCUUAUAAAUGCUCUUGUCUGGAACAAAAAAGCACCAAGGGUAGCGAACAGUGUCAUGUGGUUCCGGUUCUCUAGAGGCGGUCUGGGGAUUCCUAACCAUGAUGUACUAAACCGACAUGGCCAAAUUGGAGGAAGCAAGCAUACUCUCAGAUUAGUUGGAUAAGUUAUUGUGGACAAGGACAGUGCCUGCACAAACUAAGCACGGCAUGCUCCCUUAUUCCAGAAUUAUGUUCUGAUGUUGGAAACCAUGGGGCCAAAAUUACGUGGGAAAACAAAUAUUCUCUCUAACAGCUUUAACUGCAAUUACACCUGAUGUGGAUCUGCACGAAUGGACUUCUUGUGGAAUCAUUAGAGUUCAUAUGCUCUGCUCCACCUUUGUGCUCCCUGCUAGAGAAUUAUUUACAUAUUUGCGAAUCAAAAAUGUUUUACAAACUCAUUACAUAACUACACCUGUACCAACACAGAUAACUUCUCUCGAUCAAGUCCCUCUCUGUAUGCUAUAAUGCCUUUAAUGAUCUUUCUGCUAAGGAAAAGUUACCCUAUAUGCAACUAUAGGCAAAGGAUUUGGGCAGUUCUUUUUCCUUACCUCUUGGGUUUAAAGCAAUGAAAAGGAUGAAGCGAUCCUCCAGUCGUAUUUACCACUGGGAGGCCUACUGUAAGCUGAUUAUGAGGUCGUACCUAGUACCUACCAAACUAUCGCACAUCUAUGCAAACUCAUCGCCAACUUGCUGGAGGUGUCUCUGGGAAAGGGAUUUCUUGAUGUAUGUGUUCUGGUCUUGCCCAUGCCUAGAAUCAUGCUGAAAGCAAUAAAGAGUUGAUCUCCACAACAUUGGGCACAAUCUAUCUAUUACACAUAUUUCCCUGAUAUGACGGAUUUACCACAUAGUAUAGUAAUAAUCCAUAUUCUUUUAGCAGUAAAAAUAAGCAUAGCAUUUAAUUUGAAGAAGACGUGCCCUCCUAGCGUCUGGGAUGUGUUAGAAAGGGUUGACACGUCUUUUCAAUCUGGAAAAAAUGCCUUAUAGGCUGAUGGGUAGAGACUGGGAUUAUGACUGUGGCGGAGCUCUCUGUAACCCGGCUGGGUACCCUUCGCCAGGGACCGCUUUCUAGCUGGUGAACCGAUGGGGGACAAUAGCUCUAUGCACUCCCAGGGGCACACAGCCCUGGAGCUUCUUAGUCCUUACAAGGACUUACCCCGCUGCAUCCUCCACCAACCUGAACAGUUAUUAACCCUUCCUCUGCCACCCCCCUGUAACUUGAUGAGACACAGCUCUGGGAGUACAACACUGACUGCUUUAUUGGUACAGGCUUAAUUUAUACACAGAUCCCUGCAGGUGGUCUCCAUUCAAUUCAGCACAGGUACCUCAGUCUUGGGCUGGAGGGGGAUGAUGUACAGAUAACAAACUCCCGCUCUGGGAGAUACCAACAGCACAACAUUUACAGACAAUAGGACACAAUACAUACAUGGGGAGAACUUAAAGGGGUACAUAUGUAAAAUAUACAUCCCUGGAUAGCCUUGGGUCCCAACUAGAAUUCCUGCAAAUAGCGGGGCUAUCGGAUAUACAGCGCCCGAGAAAUCAUCGUAUAAAGUCUGGGCUUGAGGCUCUGUACAUCCCCGCAAUUAAUUCCACAGAAUUGCUUGGUUUAGUCUGGUGAAUUCAAACUUUGCGCUUAAACCAAGCAACAGCCAAUCUGGAGACCAGCGCAAAACCAAAUCGCACUCGCACCAAAUCAGCACUCAGGGAGAGGAGGCGUUCCACCAGCCAAUCUGGAAAAGGGCACAAAACCAAAUCGCUCCAAUCAGGGCGCCGGCCAAUCAUGAGAAGGUGCAAAACAAGUUUAAAUGGCUGCCCUUCUCCUAUUGGCUGGCACAGACUUCCAGGCGACCAGUGGGACUCGGCGGCUGUGAAGCAGACUCACAGUUCCAGGGAUUCCCGGCUGGGCUCACGUCUCUCUCUCUGGUGGAUAUCUCCACAUAGGUAGCACCAGAGAGAGCGCUGCUUGAGUAGUCACUAGCUCGGACAGUGAUUAGGCUCUUUUAGGAGUAGAGGGGGCGAACAGAAGAGCCAGUACCCUAAAAGUGUCCCCACCAACCUCAGGGACCCGUUCAUGGAGUUCCGGUGCGAAGACCCCGCAAGGGAAGAGUCUUCUUUUGGGAUACAAAUGCUCCCUUUGGUUGGCGUUAGUCUAUAUUAAAUGCCACCCAGGGGAGCACUCGUUAAUUACUUCUCUUGCUGUUUCACAUGUAUGUUAUAGGUGCGAACAAUUGAUUGGUGUGAACACUCCUGAAUGGGAAACAAAGCAUAAUACACAAAAAACAAGGAGAAACACAUGAAUAAGCAGUGGGCACAUGUGGAUAUGGCGUUCCGUCACAAAUCUCCCCUUUGCUAACCUCCAACAGCCACAGCCUGACCUACACGGGUCAGCUCGCUGCUGUCUGGAGUGGACACAUAGUGAGUGCCAUGCCCGCAACAGUACUUGUUCUCGGCCAGCCCCUACAGUCUUGCCGGCUUUGCACCCUCCUAGUUACAUGAUGUCUUAGACAUAAACCGCCAUUAGCCAGGUAGGCCGCCCAGUCCAGGCCCUGGUACACAGGGUCUCUAAGCCCUUAGAACCCCCCACCCAAACAAGCGUGCCCUCCCGCCCAUUCCAUCAUCUGUGUCUCUGCAGUUUUCCCGGCUGUCUGAGGAUGAUGGCAGUUGUCGACUGAGCCCGUCGUGGCUCUGCUUCCCAGGAAUCGCUGGGGUCGUGGCUGGCCCCUGAGAAGGAGAGGCAGAUGCGUUCUCCUCCUGGAUCUCACCCAGCUGAUGGGGGUCGAAACCGGUUGUCUCUGUACCCUGGCCCUCAUACUGCCGUUGGGGAACGAGACGGGUUGUCUCCGUUUCCUGGACUUCACACUGUUGCUGGGGAGGAAUGACUGAAAUCUUCUCCUCCUGAACUGCACUUAACUUCUGGGGAGUGAGACCAGUUGUCUCCAUUCCCAAUAACUCACACACUGCAGCUGGGGAACGAGACCGGUUGUCUCCGUUCCCUGGACCUCACACUGCCACUGGGGAGGAGUGACGGUACUCAACUCUACCGAGGUUGUAAGGUCCAUAAGCUCCGUCCUUUUUUGAGACAGGCUGCAAUGUAAGGGCCGUUCUCCUAGAAACGGCAUUCGCAGCUCUAGUUGUUCCUGUUGUCGGUGGACGGGAGUUCCUUGCUCCUGAAGUGUUGCGCUAUGUCAAUGUCUUCCUUCCAGAGUUUGUUUCCAUUCCAGGUCACGCUCCUCUAAGCAUUUAAGGCAGGACCAUAAUUCUGGGACAGAGCUUCUCACAGCCUCUGCUGGAACUCCUCCUCACAUGGGGACGCUGCACGUGUGCAAGCUCGCUCCAGCUCCACAAAUUCCAGGAGGCAUGCAGGCAUCCAGUCGCUAGGUAGCCAUCCCACUUCUACCACCAGUUGUGGCAGAGCUCCUUGUACCCAUGCUGGGUACCUCCGCCAGGGACCGCUUCCUAGCUGGGGGAACUGAUAGGGGACUAGCUCUAUGCACUUCCAGGGGCUGGGCGACACACAGGACUUACCUUGCUGCAUCCUCCACGAGCUGGAACAGUAAUUAACCCUCCUUUCCUCCCUCUCCCCCCCAGUAACUGGACGAAACACCGCUCUGGGAGUACAACACUGACUGUUUUAUUGUUACAUGCUUAAUUUAUACACAGACCCCUGCAGGGGGUCUCCAUUCAAUUCAGCACAAGUCCCUCAGUCUUGGGCUGGAGGGAGAUGGUUUACAGAUAACCAUCUCCCACUCUGGGAGAUACCAACAGUACAACAUCCCUGGAUAGCCCCGGCUCCCAACUAGGAUUCCCGCAAAUAGCAGGGCUAUCGGAUGUACAAAGCCUGAGAAAUCAUUGUAUAAAGUCUGGGCUCGAGGCUCUAUGCAUCCCCCGUAAUUCGUUCCAGUUUAGUCUGGUGAAUUCAAGCUUCAAGCAAGAAGCAGCCAGUCCGGAGACAGAUGCAAAACCAAAUCGCAUCCUCCUGGGCAGGGAUGUGUUUCGCCGGCCAAUCCGGAGAAAGUGUGCAAACCCAGUUUAAAUGGCGGCACAGAAUUCCAGGCGGCUGUGAAGCAAGCUCACAGUUCCAGGGGUUCUCUGCUGGGCUUGCAUUUCUCUCUCUCCGGUGGAUAUCUCCACCUAGGUAGCACUGGAGAGAGAGCUCCUUGGGCAGUCACUAGCCCGGACAGUGAUUUAGGCUCUUUUAGAUGGGGCGAACAGAACAGCCAGUACCCCAAAAGUUCCUUUCAGUUUUUCAAUUAAUGGAUCAUUGAGAUCCUCUGCCAUGUACUGAAUUCUACAACUGAAGUGUUGUUAGAUAAAGGCACAUUUGAAAGCAGUUUCCCUGCAGAUUCUCCGAUCAUAAUGCUCACCAAAUCUUAAGCAGCCGGUAGAAUCAGUUGUUCUGUAAUGGUAUGGGGCUUUUUACAUUUCACAAAUCUAUAUGCACUUGACAACUGCCGGUAAUAUGUGCCCUGUUGUCCUUUUAAUUCUUUUAAUUUUCUGGUAAAGAAGUCACGAGAUUUACCAACCAAGUUUGAAUGCUUGGUUUCUAGAUGGCAUUUUAGCUUACUUGGAAUCAUGCACUCUGGAGCCAGAAUCUUCAAGCGCACUACACACUGGUGUUUCUCUUCACCAUUGACAUUUGUCGAUGUAAAGCCAAAAUCUACUAGUUUGUGGUGCAUCCUCUUCAUUUUCAGUUCCAGAGCGCUAGUUAUAAUAAAAAAUGUGUCAAUUUUUAAGAGUAUAAGAUAAGAAUACUUACUCAGUAUUCAGAUUCACUAUCCUGCUUAAUGCGGCUGUUAUAGGUGCCUCAGGACAUCAACAGCUAAAUCAGUGGUUCUAAUAUCACCCUGAUAGAACCCUGCCCUACUUCUAUUAUCCUAUUUGUCCUAAAUGUAAAAAGAAAAAAUAUCUUUUUUUUUUUGUUUUUGUUUAUUUUUUUUAAUAUAAGUCUUUCCCACACAAUAUAUUGUGGAUAGACGUCAUGUCGCCCGGCUCUGACCUCUGUAUGAGUUUUUAUGGAUUUGCAGUUUUUUAUGAAUUGACAAGAAUGAAUCCACAGUGUGGAUUAAUUCACAAAGUAUUGCAGUAUUCAUUCGCACAGUUUUUCAUGAAUUAACCCAACUGAAUCCAUUGUGUGGAUACAUAGCACAGUACUGCAAUAUUAAUUCGCACAGUUUUUCGCAAAUAGAGCCAACUAAAUCCACAGUGUGGAUUCAUAGCACAGUAUUGCACUAUUCAUUCGCACCAUUUGUCUCAAAUUGACCAAUUUGGGAAAAACUGCAAUUAAAUAGAGGUAUAAAUAUACCGUGCUAAAAAUUUAUCCACACUGGGGAUUCAUUCGGGUCAAUGCGUUCGUGCCAUUCAGUCAAUCAGGUUUAGAUCACUAUGUUCUUUCCCUGUGCUAUGGAGUCGCAGCAAUCCAUAACACAUAGGAAAAAACUCUGGGGGUAUAGUGUCCAUGCUGUACAUGAUAUAUCGGGGAUACAGUGUGUAAGUUGUAUACAUGUUCUAUCAGGGUUAUAGUGUGUAUGCUGUAUAUAUUGGAGGGUUAUAGUGUGUGCAGUGUACAAUAUAUUGGAUAGGGGGAUGUACUGUGGGAUAAUGUGACUUUUUGUAAAGUUGCUUUUUUUUCUGUAUUUUAUUUACUGGUAAGGAUCGACCACGGAGUGCGGUGGAACACCUUUGUAUUACGGAUAGCAGCAGACCCAGAAUGACUCUGGAGGAACAGCUAGAGCGAAUGAAACGGCACCAACAGGCGUGCCUCAAAGAGAAGAAAAAGGGAUUAAACUUCUUGGGAAGCUCAGAACAGUCCCCGUCGCCAAGCCCUGCCUUCUCCAGGGAGAACUCGUUAAGGCUGCUACAAGUAAAUUAUAGCUAUCAAUCAUUUUCUGUUGCAUUAAAAAUGGAUUUUGCAUCCUCAUAUGCACAUUCCAGGCUAGAAGUGAUAACAGGGGACCUCCUUACACCAUAACCUUAUAGCUGCAGUUAUAAUACACUGUGUGCGGGGAGACAGAGGACCUCCUUACACCAUAACCUUACAGCUGCAGUUAUAAUACACUGUGUGCGGGGAGACAGGGGACCUCCUUACACCAUAACCUUAUAGCUGCAGUUAUAAUACACUGUGUGCGGGGAGACAGAGGACCUCCUUACACCAUAACCUUAUAGCUGCAGUUAUAAUACACUGUGUGCGGGGAGACAGAGGACCUCCUUACACCAUAACCUUAUAGCUGCAGUUAUAAUACACUGUGCGGGGAGACAGGGGACCUCCUUACACCAUAACCUUAUAGCUGCAGUUAUAAUACACUGUGUGCGAGGAGACAGGGGACCUCCUUACACCAUAACCUUAUAGCUGCAGUUAUAAUACACUGUGUGCCGUGGAUACUGAGCAAGGGACCUGCUUACACCGUAACCUAGGACCUGAUCAUAGGGAUCUGACAGGUUAGUUUGUCAGAGUUCCAGUAUCCGCAGCUUUCUGAGCCAUGUAGGGUAUAGGGGAUGUAACAGACUCCCUGGCACGCCGUCCGGGUGCCUCCGCCAAUUGCUGCUUCCUAGUAGCCUGGAGUACUAUAAGCACAGCACCGGAUACCAUAAGCACCGUAGCCCCCUUGCCGCCGCAGCUUUGACCGACCGCACGCAUGGUCCCAUGCCUAAUUCAUUCCAUAGAAUCGUGGCUAAGUGCUGCUGGGGGACCGACCGAAGUCUUGAUGCUAAAAAUAGUUCCAGGGCAUUUGUGGCGAAGUCCCCCUGAAGUCUAUUCGUGGUUUUAGUCCAUGCGAACGGCCGCCUGGGAGUUGGCUUUCGGUUCUAUGCGCACGAAUGGAAAGUGCCAAACCAGGGGGAAUAAAAUAUGGGUUACAGUCCCUGACCUGGCCCAUAGUCUUUUGGCAGGUGGUUGGCAAGCAGGCUCCUCCAAAAGCUUGUGGCGAGGUUCCGUUCGCCACAGGGGAAUAGUGUUGUGUGCAUACACUGACGUAGAAAUAAUAUAUCUAAAGCAAAUCGUGCAGAGACAGGGUCCUUGUAUCAUACCCACUGCAGAACUAUAUGCUGUGGUAUCCCGGUAUGAAAAGUACUUUGCAGUAAUGUGUCUUUGCAGACUCGCAAGAGAGAAGAAACUGUAUUUAGUAAUAUUCAAGAUAUCGAGAAUGCUGUGCGAGAGGAGAAUCUGCAAAUGCGGGAAUCUCCUGCGCAGGAAAUAAUCAGACUAAAGGAAGCUGCAAGCAUUGGCGAACCAAACACUGCGUGCAGUAAAGAGGUAGGGGGAUACACCUUUCUACUUUCAUGAUGUAUUCUAUCUGGCUAAUGUCUGAUAUAUCACAUACAUUUUUAUAGAUUCCAAUUGGUAUGAAUGUUUUCUUAGUUUUUUUUUCCAUUUGUGUAUGUUAUGAGCUGUUUAGACAGAAAACCUUAACGCUUCGCAGUUCCAUUGUCCACAUAGUGAUUAAAUCUAGUUUUUACUACAGACGUUAAUGGUGCAGAAAGAAGACUCUGUGGGUCUAGAGACGUGUCCUGAACCUAAAGCCAAAGAGGAGAGAACAGAGGACUCACUUGGACAGACAGAUUCUGAAGAUGCUGUGCAGGUUUUUGGAGGGAACAGGUACCCCAGAAGCGACUUGCAUUUGCAUGCUAAAAUUCAGUUUCUAACCUUUUAAAAAAAAAAAAAAAAUAUGAGAGAGUAUGACAUCAUUUCUUUUCCUGCUAAUUAAAGAUAAAAUAUAUCAUUCACUUGAAUGGAAGUUGUUCUGAAUUUAGUCUUUUGUACUUUCACAAAAUAACCGAAUAGAGCGCUUCCUGUUCUGUCACAGCCAUGAGUGCUAUUGCCAGUUAAAGGGACACUACAAACCACAAAAGCGCUUUAGCUUAUUUAAGUGCUUUGUGUGAAGAGUAUGUAGUUUGUUUGGUGGUGGUUUUUUUUUUUUCUGUUUUAAAUAUAAAUUGUCACUCUUAUAAAUUAACUUUGUUACACCCCCUGGCUGUCAAUCAGACACCCAGUCCUGUUACUUCCUGGUUUGGCUAGCUCAGUGGACCUACCUCAAGAGGCAGCCCUUCACCUGCUUUGCAAAGACUUCGCAUUGAGCUGCAUUGGGAAGGCUGUGAUUGGACAGACACAAAGUCUUGACAGGGUUAGAAGGGGAGGGAUUGUAAAUCCACUUUCGGUAUAUUAUGUGUUUUGUUAGAACAAAAUGUUUCUCUUGUUUACCUGCGCAAUAUGUUGGUAUUAUGUAAAUAAUUUGAAUUGUUCUUGGCCUGAAACCCCAUUAUUCUAAUUUGCAUGCAAGACAGGAUAGUUUUUGGUGUAAUAGAAGUGAGACUGAUACCCUCUAGCUACCAUUUGAAAACUUUUAUUUUUUUCCUUUUAAGUAUCGAAGUUACAAACCACAAACCUGAUAACAGCCAAAGCAAGAUGGCCGCUGCCAACGGGGAGCAGGAGCGCACCGGCAUCCUAUUUUCAUAUGAGUUCUCUACGGACACUUUACGAAGACAUGUGUCUCUAGAUGGUAUGCCUGUGUGGGUGAAUUAAGAUUCCCAUUCAUUUGUGGUGUUUUUGGGUAAUCUAUUUGUUUAGAUACAGACGAUGUUAUAUUAUGUUCUACUACCAACCGAAACUUGCACGUUAUCUUAAUGAUAAAAAAGCCCAGUCACUGCAUUGCACAUGUCAUUCUGAACACAAUUUGCACAGCUUGUUGUAGCUGAGCGGAGUAGUUUUACGGCAUGUCUUACAAUCCAAGGUAAAACUACUCUGCUCGGCUACUUUGGCCUUAAAUUCGAAACUCACUUUGAAUUCUCACUUUAGUGGGUAGCACUAAAUGAGUAAAUAUUUCCUAAUUAAGCCUUCAGUAAAAGGAACCUAUAGUCCUAAAAAAAGUUUCGCUUUGUGUUAAAGAAUCUUUGCCAACCUUGUUACCAAUGCCAAGACUCCAGCCUGUAUCCAAACUGCCAUCGCCCACAAUCUCCUCCAAUCCACUGCUCGAACUAGCCAUGCGCGGCCAAACGCUGCGCUCCCCCUGCUGUCGGCAGCAUUUCAUUUCAGGAGCGAGUUUUAUUUGGUCUAGUGGAGGAAGCUCACUUAGUGGCUGUCUUCCUGAUUUAAACUUGCAGUUUUCACACUAUACCAUUGUAUAAUGUUGCAGGACGGUCCUGGUGCCUUUAGUGAUCCUUUAAGAUCGUAAUGUGGCUUCCAGUUUAGCCCUAGUCCCAGUGUGCAUUAUCCUUAACCCUUGGUUUAUAUUGAUUAGUACAAAAAGCAAUGGCUGAAAGCUCGCCAACUCCAGAGUACAUUAAAUGAAUCUUGAAUUAAAAACCACCCCUUCCACCAUCCCAAAUACAGGGUUUCAGAAGGUGGUUUGGGGUGUAUUCAUUCAAGAUGCUGCAUGAUAGAAAUCUGUAUCAUUGUGACAAGAAGUUUUUUGUUUGCAGCUAGGAACCUGACGUCUCUCCCGGAACCUCCCACGUUAGCAGCUCCUCCGGCACAGCCACAGCUCACAGAGGGCUCCCAUUUCAUGUGUGUAUAAGGCACCUCCCAUUUUUAGCAAGUGAGUAUCUUCCAGUGUCCGGCAUGCGAUCAGAUACGGCUUGAAUGGCCACUAACGGAGUAAUUGGUGACCACAUUGAAUGUUCAGUAUUCUUUGCUUUGUUCUUACCUUCCAAACUACACUGAAUGUAAAUAUUCCCAACAGUAAUGAACCAAACCCUAAAAGUGCUGAUAUCAGGAGAAUUCUGCAUGGUUAUAAAGACUUUGGGUUGCACUCUCAUGGCUAAGUGAGCGCUUUUCAUCUCGCUAGGACCCUCUCGUAUCUCAAUUAGUGAUAAGUUAACUUAUAGGGGGAGCCAGCAGGGAGGUUUACAUUGUGCUUUAGACACCCCAGCAUUACAAACAGGGCUGAUGGAGCUGCAGCUCCAGACCCAUGCCUAGAGAAUAGGCGGAUUGAUUUUUUUAUUUUAUUUUUUACUACUCUUCACAUGCUCCUGCUUGAGUAUUUUAACUUAAGCGUGAUGUAGGGGAACAAAACGUGUGCGGACUGGAUGACAAUGAAAUUAGUUAAGGUAAAGUUGACUUUGUGCUCUAUGCGAAUGCUCUUGCUGCUUCACUCUCUGACACAGUGACAUGUUCCCUUUAUUCUACAGUCACUACAUACACCUUUUCUCUGUACCAGACUGUAUAACAGGAGCCUCUGUCUGCUGGUAAGAUUAGGAGAGGAGUGGACCAGCGAGUGCUAGGGGACAGUCCUUAGAAAUCAUAGAGCUAGUGCAUUAUUAGACUCGUUAAUGCCAAGCUCAGGGUGCUGCCAAUCUUGCAUAAUUGGCAUGCAGCCUGACCUGCAUUCACGCCAGGCUGACUAUCUAAUUCUUCAUGCAGACAUGCCCCCUUUUUGGACAUGUUUGAUCCUGGCGGUUCUGGUAUUAUAUUAUUCACAUCCAUGUCCCACUUUUUUACCCUGCCCACCGAAAUCUUGCUUCACUGGAUGGACACUGCUUUUAGGGGGUAUGGAUUUACAUGAAAGAUGAAAGUGAGAGAUUAGCAUAGAGUAUGUGUUUUCUGUGAGUUUGCAUCCAGCACCACCUCCACCAGAUACAUGAUGAUUGGGAGGUAUAACUGUUUUAGUGUUUUCUUUCAAUAAGAGUCUCUAAUUAGGCCCAUCAUAAUUGUCUGCACAAGGCCCAAUGGUCUCUUAAUCUGGCCCUAAUUAUGAAUAAAGGUGGUUUGCUGCUGGGAUCUGUCUGUACAGCUCUGUGAUGUUACAUCCUGACUUCAGCAUUGGUACACAAUGCAAUUCAUGUACAGAAUGAUUCUUACAGCCCCAUCACUGCCCGCUGCACAAUCUGCUCUACUAAACCAUCAGUGCACCACCACCACUAGGUAGGUUCCCACUAUGGCGAGGAGGAGGGCUCUGUGCACUCCAUGCCAUUUGUCACCUGGGGCUGACCGGCCCUGAUUAGCACCAUUGUACAUUGUUGUCUCUUGCAGUUAUCUCUCAUAUCUCUCACUGAUAGCACAAUCAUUAUUUGUGUCUUGCCAUCAUGUUAUAAUUAUCUCUGUCUGUUCUACACAAUAAAAAAAAAACUGUGAAAAUCACCUGUAACAUGUGUUAAACGGCACUCUAAGCACCAAAACCACUUCAUCUUAAUAAAGUGAUUGUAUUCUCUAUGCACUGUCCAUAUUAUUGUGACAAUCAAAAAGAAAGGAUUGUGUUUACAUUUAACCUUGGUUCUAGUCACACUAAAAGCCACUCCAGGCAUAAUCUCAUUGGAGUUUUUCGAUUAUUAACUCUUCACUUUUAGCAUUGCUGAGUGAAUGGUCAUACUCUAACAGAAAAUAUAUAUAUGCAUUUAUUUUUAAUUUUAGAAUAUUCCUUUAACCUUUUAUCAUGUGAUACUUGCGUUAAAUGUACAUUGAAGGUGUAGUGUCAUAAUCCACUUCAGACAAGGCGCAGCCAGGACACACAAUGCAAAUGAAGAGAGACUGUAAGUUAUUCUUCAACCCAUCGUUUCUGUAAUUUUUCUUGUAAUUGUCCUAUUUAUAGUUAAAUCCCCCCUCUAAUAAUAUUGUAAAGCGCUACAGAAUCCGUUGGUGCUAUAUAAAUGGCGGUAAUAAAGAAACAUUGUUUAGUUUCUCCUGUUGUCUGCUCUCUCUGCGCGGUUAGUAAAUGUUUCUAUAACAUCUUAGGAAUUCCUUGCUGAAUGUUAUUCUUUCUGUAUGGUUGAUCGUUUUUAUGCUUUCUUUUCUUCCAGUAUUUGAGGAUGUGGUCACAUCAGAGAAGAUUCUGUACAGUUUUUUAACGCAAUCUGUAAUCACAAACCACAGAGAACGCUGUGUCUUUUGACUGCUUGCUGCUACUGUUUUCUUGCACAUGAAGAUAUUUUUAGAGCCAAAAUCUGAAUUUAUUUGCAGAGAGGUUUUUCCCUUGAUCACGAACGUUGUCUGCUUUCAUUUAUCAUCACGGGUUGCCCUGAACUAUUUUACAUUAUCCAUGUUUAACACUUUCAGAACACUACGGUACUUUAUUUUCCACUUGAUAUGUAAAAUAUAUAAAUAUAUAUUUAUAUUUAAUAUGUGCCAUUUUAUCAUAGGAUAUUCUAAAUUUUUGCUGUUAUUUUUAUGGUCAUUUUGCAGUGUAAACUGUUACUGCCACAGCAUUCAGAAACAAAAAAAUAUAUAUAUAUGUUAAUUUUCUUUAAUGCAAAGAAAUGUAAAAUAAAAAGUCUAUACGAUUCUUCCAGGGCAGGUUUGUACAGCAAUAAGCAGGCUCUUAACGAUGGUACGUUAAUGUACAGCUGUAAGCUAGAUUUAUUGUAAAUGUGCGCCAUCAGAUCUCAUUCCUUUUAUAACAAGCCAAAUAAAUGUGAUGUUGUUUAAGCA